AUGAGAAUUGCUCUAACAUCGGUUGCUCCAAAACAAUGUUACCUCCAUCUUAUCACUCUAAACUUAAACCACCUAAUCCAAACGCUCGCCCGCUUCAUGCACACCGAUAUUACGACAAACCUAACACCACCACCAGACCUCUACUCCGCCAACCAUCUCAUCAACUUGCAUGCCAAACGUGGCCAAUUAGACCUUGCCCACCAAUUGUUUGCUCAAAUGCCUCACAGAAAUAUUGUUUCUUGGACAAUACUUGUUUCGGGUUAUGCUCAGCACAGGAAGUCAGAACAAUGUUUCCGCUUGUUCUCUCAGAUGCUCUCCCAUUAUAAACCCAAUGAUUUUGCUUAUGCCAGCCUUCUUUCUGUCUGUGAUUACUGGCGUGGCCUGCAAGUUCACGGGCUGGCUCUGAGAACCGGUUUUGAUGCUUGGAUAUACGUUGCCAACGCUCUGAUGGCAAUGUACUGGAAGAAUAGUUGCAACCCCAGUCGGGAUGCUUGGAGGCUGUUUGAUGCAAUGGAAUUUCGGAAUCUUGUUACUUAUAAUUCCAUGAUUGCAGGGCUUGGAAUGCAGGAACAAGGUGAUAAAGCAAUGACAUUGUUUAUAAGAAUGCUUCGUGAUGGCAUCGUGUUUGAUCGUACUACACUCCUAUCUUUAGUUUCUUCACUAUGCGGACCUAAUCAAGGCAGUGAUAAAGUUGUGGGGGGGCUUUUGUGUUGUUUGCAAUUGCAUUCUUGUGGCAUUAAGACGGGUUUGGCACUCGAUGUUGGGGUGGCAACUGCCCUGAUAAAAGGUUAUUCUGUUCUCGCUGCAGAGAUUGGUGCUUGUCACAAACUGUUCUUCGAGACAAAUGGCUUGGAUCGAGACCUUGUCCUGUGGACUGGAAUUAUGACAGUGUCUGCCGAGAGGGAGCCUGAACAGGCUCUCAUUCUUUUCAAUCAGAUGCGUAAGGAGGAUUUAUGUCCAGAUUGUUAUGUAUUCUCUGUAUUACUGAAAGCUUGUGCGAAUCUGGUGACAGAAGCGACCACCUCAGCAGUGCAUUGCCGAGUGAUUGUAGCAGGUUUUGCUAAUCUUCUAGAUCUGGAUAACUCUUUAAUUCAUGCCUAUGCUAGGUGUGGUUCAAUAGAUAAGGCCAAGCGAAUAUUCUACGAAAUGUCGCUGAGGGAUAUUGUCUCUUGGAACUCAAUGCUAAAGGCUUAUGCAGUGCAUGGGAAAGCAGAAGCAGCGUUGAGUUUCUUCAAACAAAUGGAUGUUGUGCCUGACGAAACCACUUUUGUGGCGCUUCUCUCGUCUUGCAGCCAUGCUGGAAUGGUGGAGGAAGGAACCAAGAUAUUUGACACAAUGUACGAAAAAUAUGGCAUAGUUCCUCAACUCGAUCACUACGCUUGUAUGGUUGAUAUUCUAGGGCGAGCUGGACUUCUUACAGAGGCUGAAAACAUCAUAAGGAAAAUGCCUAUGGAACCAGAUUAUGUUAUUUGGAGUGCUUUUCUUGGAGCGUGUAGGAAACAUGGCGAAACAAAGGCAGCCAGCUUAGCAUCAUCAAAGUUAAAGGAAUUGGACCCAGAAAAUUCACUAGGAUAUGUAAUGAUCUCAAAUAUUUACUGCUCAGUUAAUAGCUUCGACGAAGGAGGUUCUAUAAGAACGAAGAUGAAUAGAGUUGGUGUUAAAAAGGAACCAGGUCUGAGCUGGACGGAAGUUGGCCACAGAGUGCACGAGUUUGCUUCUGGGGGCCAUCGCCACCCACAAGUAAAAGCAAUACGCGCUCAUAUGAAGGAGCUAUUGAGUCAAUUGAAGAAAAUGGGAUAUGUUCCAGAUACAAGUUUAGUAUUGUUUGAUGUAGAAGAAGAGCAGAAGGAGGAGCAACUGUACCACCACAGUGAGAAGCUGGCGUUGGUUUUCUCUUUGAUGAGUGCCGGUAAUUGUGGUGUUGACGGUGGUGUUAUUAAAAUAAUCAAGAACAUACGUAUUUGUUUGGACUGUCAUAACUUCAUGAGAUUAGCGUCAAAACUUGUUGAGAAGGUAAUUGUUGUAAGAGAUUCUAACCGGUUUCAUCAUUUUAAGGAUGGAGUCUGCUCUUGCAAUGACUACUGGUGA